GUAGACGAUCUUUGUUUCAACAAUCCACUUGCUGUGAAUAUUGCACGGAUCAAAUCUUCGCAUUUACAGUUCAAAUAAAUUUUGCCGCUAUCCGGACAGUUGAUCUAAAUUAAAUUAUCAUUUCACAGCCAAUGGUCGCAGAUCCGGGCGGAAAAUUCACCUGGAAAGUAUGAGUCAAUAGUCCAACAUUAAAGUUCUACCAGUUUCAGGUUUCGCAGUAAGAUGUGAACAGAUUCAUGAUUCCGAUAGUCAUGCACGAAAAAGUCCAUUCAGAAUCAAUCAAAUCUAAAACGUUGUGCCACGUUUUAUGCUGCCGCGCCGAUUUUCUGAUGCGAGUAGAAAAGUAAAUCUCACGCAUUCCGAUUGGACGGCAGAGCGCUUGGCGCCAAGAGAAAACUAGAGACAAUUAGCGGAACCGAUGGAGAGCGCUGAUGUGAUGUGUUGCAAAGAGCAAAUACGCGCCAAUCGAUGAUACAGAAGAGCUAUAAAAUUCUCACCUGUCGCAUUCGAUAACAGCAGUCUUGCUCGAGUAGCGCUCGAGACAAGUGGUUUUCUCGGUUAGAUUUCGUUGGGUGAGUGUGUCGCGUACAAAAAAAAACAAGUGUAUUGUUUUAGUAAAUUGCCCAAGAUCCAAGUAGUGAAAGCUGUGAUCACAGUCCUGCUUAAAUCACCAUUUCGAGCGCUGAAUAUCAAUCAAAGUUUUGAUGACGGAUAAACCGGUGUGAACGUAGUUCGUUGCCUUAAUCCAGCCGAAAAAAAAACGAAAGUAUUCAUAGUUUCAUCGCAAGAUGAGGACCGUUUUCGCGGGUGCCAUCUACGGGCUGGCAAUGCUGAUCGCACUAAGUGGCAGUGCCAGCGUUUCCAACACGGAAACCAGUUACACCAGCUACCGGUUACCCAAGGCUCUACGACCGGAACAUUACAAUCUGCAGGUGCUGACUCAUCUGGGUGAUGAGCGAGGAUUCUUCUUCAGUGGACGUGUUCUGAUUAAGAUGAUUUGCGAUCAAGAUACCACCAACGUGACUCUGCACUCCAAGAACCUGACACUAGCGGAAAAGGACGUCAAGUUGACGGAUCUGUCAUCGAGCGAACCGAAGCCGAUGGAGGUUAAGCGCGUUCAGUACAUUGUGGAUAACGAUUACGUUGUAUUCCAUACGAAUGAACCACUGAAAAAAGGUAAUCAGUAUGAGAUUAGCAUCCCCUUUGAAGGCUCUUUGGGUACGGGACUGUUAGGAUACUACCGUAGUAGCUACAUUGAUCAACAGACGCAAAAGAAAAUUUGGCUUUCGGUGACUCAAUUUGAGCCUACACACGCCCGCAAUGCGUUCCCCUGCUUCGACGAACCGGCGAUGAAGGCCACUUUUGACGUGUCUCUUGGGCACCACAAACAGUACACCGCCCUCAGUAACAUGCCGAUUAAUCGCACGGAAUCGAUGGCCUCCACGAAUGCCGACUGGGUGAUGGAUCACUUUUAUACCACGGUACCGAUGUCGACCUAUCUGGUUGCCUACACCGUGAAUGAUUUCGAGUACCGUGAAGCUACCAGGAAGGACGGCGAUGUUGUGUUCAAAAUCUGGGCACGUCGUGAUGCUAUCGAUCAGACUGACUACGCUCGGGAGGUUGGACCACGAGUGACUCGAUUCUACGAGGAAUACUUUGCGGAGAAGUUCCCACUGCCCAAGAUUGACAUGAUCGCCAUUCCGGACUUCUCCGCGGGUGCCAUGGAGAAUUGGGGCUUGAUAACGUACCGCGAAACUGCUCUACUUUAUCAUCCUAACAUUUCGACGGCCAGCAACAAACACCGGGUCGCUUCGGUGAUCGCACACGAACUGGCUCACCAAUGGUUCGGAAACCUGGUCACGAUGAAGUGGUGGACGGAUCUGUGGCUAAAUGAAGGAUUCGCUACGUACGUUGCCAGCUUGGGCGUUGAGCACUUGCAUCCGGAAUGGCAUUCACUGGAGGAAGAGUCGGUUGACAACUCGCUUGGAAUUUUCAAGUUCGACGCAUUGAUCAGUAGCCAUCCGGUGUCGGUGGAGAUCGGCCAUCCGAAUCAGAUCUCACAAAUCUUCGAUGCCAUUUCAUACGAAAAAGGAUCCACGGUUAUUCGAAUGAUGCAUCUGUUCCUGGGUGAGGAGACAUUCCGCAACGGCGUUCGGCGUUACCUCAAACGGCACAAGUACGAAAAUGCCGAACAGAAUGAUCUGUGGGCUGCACUGACAGAGGAAGCCCGCGCGAACGGUGUUCUGCCAAAGGAGGUUGAUGUGAAAACCGUAAUGGAAUCAUGGACAUUGCAAACUGGAUACCCGGUGAUCGAGGUAACGCGUAACUAUGAAGCGGAUACGGCCGACAUCACCCAGAUACGGUUUCUGUCGGAUCGAGAGCAACAGCAGAACUUCACCGACUACUGCUGGUGGAUACCGCUGACGUACACUAGUUCAGAAAGUCCGGACUUCGAGACCACUCGUGCCCGGGAUUGGAUGAUGUGCGGAGCAAAUGACCUUCGCAAAGGACCCGUUAAAACACUGGACGAUCUGCCCGGCAAGGAAGACUGGAUUUUGUUUAACGUGCAGCUGGCUGGUUUAUACAAGGUUAAGUACGAUAAGGCAAACUACCGGCUGAUUGUGAACCAAUUGACCAGUGGAAAAUACAAUCUGAUAAGUUUGGCUAAUCGAGCCCAGUUGAUCGAUGACGCCAUGGAUCUGGCAUGGACCGGUGAGCAGGAAUACGGAAUCGCUUUCGCUAUGAUAAACUACCUGCGACAGGAAACCGAAUACAUCCCAUGGAAGUCUGCCUUGAGCAACCUGAACACGAUCAACAGGCUACUCAAACGAACUCCAAUCUACGGAGUAUUUCGUAGUUACAUUCAGUUUAUCAUCGAACCAAUCUACGAACGGCUGCAAAUCUUCAACGAGAAUCGCGUCGUCACUGAGCGGCUGGAUGCCACUAAACAAUUGGUGCAAAUUGCAGCCUGGGCCUGUAAGUUCGAUGUAGGUGAUUGUGUUCAACGGUCGGUUGCUUUGUUCGCUAGCUGGAUGGCCGUUGAAGAUCCCGACCAGAUCAACCCAGUUCCGCUGGAUCUCCGUUCGGUGGUUUACUGCAACGCGAUUCGCAAUGGAAAGGAAACCGAGUGGAACUUCCUGUGGAAACGAUACCUGAACAGCAACGUCGGCUCGGAAAAGGUCAUGAUCAUCGGCUCGUUGGCAUGUACCCGGGAAAUUUGGCUGGUCGAGCGAUUCCUGCAGUGGUCGCUCAACGGUACCUCGGGUGUACGCAAACAGGAUACCACAAUACUGUUUGGCGGCGUUGCCAAGAGUGACGUCGGUUACCAUCUGGCCAAGAGUUUCUUCGUGGACAAUGUGCAGCAGAUUUACAACUAUCUCUCACCGGACACGUCACGGCUUUCCCGCUACCUGAAACCGCUGGCCGAGGAAAUGUCCACAAUGAAGGAACUACAGGAACUGAAGGAUCUCAUCGACAACCAGCAGGCCGUGUUCGAAAAAGCCACACAGGGUGUCAAGCAGGCGCUGGAAAUGGUCGAAAUCAAUCUGCAGUGGAAAACCAACAGCUACCACCAGAUGUCCCGAUAUCUGCCCCUGUUGACCUACCGUACCACCAACCUGGAUGUGAUGGAGUUAAUCUAGUACUGGACUGUAAUCUAGGUCACUCACUUACUGCUAGAUGCAGUUUUGUGCACCCUUUUUUUAGCCAUGAUUCUGUAUUGUUAUUCUGUCGAAUGGUAUUUCUCUUGGUAUUAGUUUUGAAAAUAAACAGAAAGUAACAGUA